AUGGCGCGCACGCAGCAGACCGGCCAGAAGUCCGGCAAUCCCAAGAAACUCCCCCCUCAGCACGUAUCCCAACCUGCGCAGAGGGCGUCGUCAUCUCGUGCCGCUGCACAGAUCGACGACCCCAGCUACGAAGAUGUCCCGGCCCCGCCUCCACGCCCGAAAAGGAACACCAUCGCGUUCGCUCACGUUGUCCCCGACGAGGACGGCGGUGAAGAGUACGCAUCGGACGAGGCUCCGAACCCUCCCGAUCGCAGUACAUCCCGACGCCGUCAACAGCAAGCCGUCGAGGACGACGACGACCUCCCGCUGCCACCGAAGAAGGGUUGGUCACGGGCCACCGUUGAGGACGAAGAAGAGGGAGAUGUCGAGGACGACGCAGGGCCUCCUCAGGAUGAUGAGUUCAACGACCCUGAGGACGAGGACGUGUACAACAGCGAUGAGGCCGAAGAGACCGACGCACUUCUGUUAGCGUCGAUGUAUCAAGACUCCCACAGGUACUCGGACGAUCAAUAUGCGUACGACGACGAUCACCUCAGCGCUGACGAUGGAGGUGACGAUGACCCUCCAGUCCAGCCCACCCGGAACAAGGGCAAACAGCGCGCAGUCGAGGUAGACGAAGACUUGGAGGAGGGCGACGAGUCCCCCAGGCGCCACUCUGGAAAGUCGAAGAAGCAACUCGCUCCGGACAAUGCGAUGGACGUUGACCCCGAGGACCAAGACAUGGACGAGCCCCAGGGCCCGUACUUGCCUCCCAGCUUUACGAACGCGAUGGUCGAUGUCUUCAAGUACAACGUCGCCGAUGAGGGCAGGCUCCUACCUGACGCUGACAAGCCCAUGGCGCGUAGCGUCAGGAUGCUCUACGACGCGAUCGGAGAUGGCCCAGAUCAAUUCGGAGAAGACGCCCAGGCGCUUGCCGACAAGCUUCUUCUGAGAGCACCGCGCAGGAGAGGUGGAAACCCCGACGACGACCAGGACGAGGACCGUGGUCCUCUCGUGUCCAUCUUCGACUCUGAUCUCGACGAGGAGGAGAUCAUCGCACGGCUGAAGGGUGCGGGGCCGCCUCUGCGUGGCACCGGCAUCACACCAGCGGAUAAGAAGAUCUACCAGGAGCGACAGCGUGCGUUCCGUGGUUACGCCAUCGUCAACCUGUGCGACUCCGAGUUCUUGAAGCGCGCGAAAUGGGGGGAGUUCAACGGUCGCGUUCCGAACCAAGACACCGUCCUCGGGCUCGCAACCGACUUCAAGACGGCGGGCAAGCGCCACUGGGACUUUCCUCUGGAGGCCGCACUCGACCUCGAUUGGAUCGAGCCCGACUCGAUGGUCCAAGAGAUCGGGAGCCUGGAAUCCAUCCCCAUCCUCAAACUCAAGCCCGAGAAGAUGGGGGACCACACAAUCACGUUCUUCAGCGGCUCGCACCGCAAGCACGCGUGUAUCGCCGUGUGGUUAGCAGCGGACAAGGUCAUCAAGGACCUCGACAGCCAGCUCGCUGAAGCGGAGGAGACGGGGAAGAAGAUAUCGGACAAGCUGAUGGCCGCGCUGAUGGAGCUUCGCAGCGAGUCGUUGCAGGAGCGGGACAACGCGGGGUAUUGGAUGGUACGGAUAUCGGAUAUCAAGCAAACGUCGGACGAGCUCGCCUACAAGCUGUCUGAGAACAACGAGCUGCAGGAGGAGAAGAUGCGCGUGGAGGAGCGGCUCUUCACCUGGAUGCGCGGUGUGCAGCAGCGUGUUCAGGAGUGGAAAGUUACCAACCCCGGCGAACCGGUCCCCGCGAUCGACAGCCCGGAGUGGCGCAACCUGAUCGUGCAACCCACCAUCGCGCACAAUGAGAGGAAGGGCCAGGCCGCCGUGUGGAUCCUGUGCUCUCCUAUCGCAUUCACCUUCCUCAGCCGUCUUAUCACCUACGACUACUACCGCGGCGAAGGCCUGUUCACGCACACACAGCUCAAGACGUUCCUCAUGCCGGCGUCGAGGGCGAAGACCGACAUCCAGACUAUCGGAUAUAUGUGGCACGAUUGCAUUCUCAGCGGCAUCGGGCAGAUGGACUUCAUUGCGCGCACGAGCACCUUCGGUACGUGGAAGGACCCAGGUCCUUUCGGCGAGCUCAUGCGCGACUACUUCCUCCUCGUCGAGCGCGGCGGCGACCCGAGCUGGGACAAGGAGAAGAAGAUCAAGGUGAAGGCGAGGUUCCAGAAGGUCUGCCAUGUGGCUGCUACGACCGGUGUUCUCGUCCCCGGCAUCUGGCCACGGGAACUCAUGCAGAAGAUCGACAAGAUCUACCAGGAUCACGUCGCACCUGUGAUGGCCAGGAUGGGUACCGCGGAGUGGGACAAGGCAAUGCUCGUGUACAACACAAAGGUGGCCAACACGUGCAUCAAUGCCUGGUCGCUGCCUCUCUUCACGGAGAGCGGGAGUGCCCUUGCGGAGGUCGCGCAAUACGCCAUCGACAAGUUUGUCGUCUGCCGCCGCCUGUGCAAGGCGGGCCUGAACCUCAACAUCCCCCUGCCAACCAAGACGUUUGCGAACGACCUGUAUGCGCGUCUGGAAAACGUCGAGUACGCUAUCCGCCACGUCGCGCGCACCCUUGACCCACACGUCGAUGCAGUCGCUCGUCAGGUCGGCAGAGGAUACAUCGAUUACACUCAUUAUAUUCUGUUCCUCCUACGCGAUCCGAAGCUGUUCCCCCAGAAGGAAGGGUACGACAUUUCUGUGCCGCUGUGGUCGUUCUUUAUCAAAAACUACCAGCUGCUGAAGGCGGUCGAGGAUAUCGUCUGGGUUCAUCUCGCGCGUGCCGACGGGAUCUUCAGCUUCUCUCCGAACUCGUACCGCGUCCUCGGUGUGGAAAUCGCCAACCGCGGCGUCGCUCAGCCCGUUCCAACCGACUUUCGCAACCUCUACAGCAAGGGAUGGAACAUCAACCUCGAGAAGUAUCUGAACAAGGCAAAGGCGCCCAUCGUCUCUUGCUUGCCUAGCAAGAAGAAGGAUCCCCUCAUCGACAUGCUCGAGGCCGAGGUUCAGGCCCGUCUUGUGGGCGACGUCCCCCAGAAACGUGCGAAGCCGGUCGCAUACGACGCGAUUCCCCCAACAGUCAGAGGAGCGUUUCCUUUCUGCGACGCGCUCAGGUUGACAGACCCGCGAUGGUGCGCCAACGACCAGGCCGCCGGCAACAAGCCCAAGUGGGCCCUGGCGAUCGCUCUGCAUCUCCAUGUCAUCGUCGACGUCCUCAGCGGCUGGGGGCAACCCCUGUACAUGUCUCCCGUCGUCAACGUUCUGCGCGCUCGUCUGUUCAGCUUCCUCACGCAGUACACCGCGCCCGACCCGCAGAACCCACGGAAGCGCCUUCUGUGGAAGAACUGGGACGAGGACCUCCUCGACAGGCUCUCCGGGAUGGAGAACUUUGACCCGUUCGAUCCGGAGCUCAUUGCCGCCGGCGAGAAGGCGAUCUUGUCCGCACCGGACGUUCCUAUUCACGUCGUCAAACACGGCCGUCGCACACGCGGUGCUAAAGGCACGGCUCUUGGCGCGGAUACUGAGCCCGUCGACCCCACCGACGACAUCAUCUUCCUUGGAAUGACAGGUGUGGUCGACGCGCAGACGCGUCGCCUGAAGUACACGCAGGAAGUCUCGCGCCUCGUCUCGCUCGUCAAGCGCAUGUCUUGUGCGUCAGCUGCCCCGCUCCAACCCAAGGGUGUUGACUCCUACGUCGUCGCAUGCCUCAAUCACCUAGUCGGUGCCCUGCACUUCAAUGUCAAUCGUCUCGAGCACCGCUACGCGAUCGGCGACUCCAAAGCUGAGGCGCCGUGGGUGCUUCCCGAAGCCCCCUUUGCGCAUUCCCUAGACGCUCCGCCGCUUGUCGGCAUUUCCGAUGACAACGCAUUCCUCACCCUCCCCGAUUUUGCCCACGCGCUUCCCGACGCCCACGCGCAGUUUCUUGAUGAGGUGAAGACGUUGAAGCAAGGCAAGGUGCCCUAUCCGUCAACAGUAGAGGUCGUCGGCGGAGAACGCUUCGACUGUGCUCGAGCCUGGCUUCCGCAAGACCUCGCCUGGCAGGUGUCCGCCAAGGGCGACCCCGUCGUUGUAGUCAAGUUGGAGGACGACGAAGAUGAUGACUCGCUGCUUCAAUUCGACGACGACAACAACGACGAGUCCACCCCCGCUCCCGCUCGCCAACAGGUGCGCGCUCAGCAGCGGCAACCUCACCCCGCUCCACGGCGGCGAGCUCAGCCCGCUCCGCAGCGGCGAGCUCAGCGCCCGCCGGUGCGCCACGUCGUUCAGGGCGAUGCGGAGGCUCCCCGCCCUAAGCCCAAGGCCCGCCCAGUCAAUCCUCAAGGCAAAGGGAAGAUGAAAGACGUCGCCGGGCAGCAACCGGGUGACAUCCCGCGCGCCCCAGUAAAGGCAGCGAUGGCUCAGCGCCAGAGAGUUCCGCCGGUCGACAGUAACAUCCCCAUCCCACAGAAACGUGGAACGCAGCUCUCCAGGGCUACCCCCCUUCCGUCUGUUGACGAUUCGCCGCCCCCGGUUCCGCUGAAGAGGAAUGCGGCGAAUGCGCAGCGCGCUAAGACCGUCCCCGUCCAUCUGUCAGACGACGACCUGCCGAUCCCUGUGCAGCGCUCGCAAACCGCUCCUGCCCGUGCUGCAGGCGCGCGUCGCGCCCCAGAUCCUCCUGCCGACGACCAGGAAGAGGACGAUGUCCCCGCCCCUCCAAAGAAACCCGCACAGCCCGGUGCCGCUGCGCGUCGCCAGCCCGCGCGCAAGCCCACAGAUGACGUCCAUGAGGAUCCUGCCUCUGCGCAAACAGCCCCCGCCAACAGCACAAGGUCGAAGACCAUGGUGCAGGCUUCUUCCGUCGCUCCGCCAGUUCAGAGGCGUUCUUCAGCGAGGAACGAAGCGGCCGCAGACGACUGGACGACUCAGGCGCUCGACCUUGUGGCGGCUGAAAAUGACAAUCAGCCGCACAUGCCGACCCAGAGGUUCGAGGGUGUGUUUGUGAACGCCCCGGCGCCGGGGAAGCGCCCUCGCGCCACCACCGUCACCUCUCCCAGCCAGGCGCCACGGCCGUCGAAGCAAAGGAAGGCCGGCAAGAGUGUUCAGUACCAGGAGAACGACGGGGAAGAUCCCUUUGGCGGGUCCCCCAUCGCUUCCACCUCUGCUCUCCCCGCGCCACAACGCAGGGUCACAACCAUGGAGCAGGCAGUAAACCUCAAUAUGCAGUCAUCACGCCGCCCUGCAGGUCAGGGCAGUCACCCGUCUGCGAAGGUGCUUCCGCCCGCGAAGGUGUACGGAACGCGCAAAGCCGGGGCAAACCUGUGUCUGAGCCUGCUUACUGCUACGCUUCUCGUCCUCGUCAUGCUCGUCGACGACGACAGCGACAUUCCGAUGCCCCCUGCGCGCGGACCUUGGGAUUACCGCUCUGACGAUCUGGUCGAUUGGUCACCCACCACGCGCGAUCACAUUCCCUCCCCUCCAGACUCUCCGACACCCACACCAGCGAAAACCUUACUUGCUCAGCUCCCGCCAACAUCACCCGAGCCGCUGGCUGCCCUUGUGUCUCUGCCCUCAAUCUCCAUAUCCACCUCGCAAGCGUCUACCGCGGAUAGCGUGAUCGGAGUCCCCGGACCAGUCGUGCAGGAGGAUUUGGAGCGCGAGCGCGCUCUGCGCUCCCUGCUCGCGGAGCUCGGAGUGCCGGCACCUACCGACGACCAAACAGGCCAUGAACUCUACAACUUGCGGGCAAAGGCGUUCAUUGGCUGCGCACUGGUCGAUCUGAACGACCCGACGUUUCUCGCGCAGGCGGCGUGGAGCGUGUAUGGCACCCUCGGGGAGCCUGACCAGAACGAUGUCGCUGUGAUGGCCAGUGAUUUCAAGAAGGUCGGGCGAAGGCACUGGGCGUUCCCCUUGGACGCCGCCAUCGAUCGUUCCUGGCUCAAGGAUGGGUCCAUGGCCACCGAUAUCUCAGGGCUCGUUACCUUGCCUACAAUUCAACUCAACAUCCAGGCCAUGCCCCAAUCUCGUGUGCUCUUCUUCAAUGGGAACAAGCGCCGCCGGGCCUGCCGGCUAUAUGCAAAAUACUUCGAUAUCCGCCUUCAAAAGGUGGACGCCGCCCUAGAACAGCUCCAGCGGGACCCCUCUACCGCUUCCCCAGCCGUCAUCCAGACCCUUGAGGCCCACAAGUCCACUCUUCGACACGCUGCAACCAGAUCGGGUCUGUGGGUCACCCGCCUCUACGACAUCUGGAAGGUAUCCCCGGAACUGGCCAAGGAGCUCUCCGACAACCACGAACCAAAGUGGUCCACCAUGUCGCUCAAUUAUCGCGUCUUCACGUCGCUGAGUCGGACUCAGGAGCACCUUGAGCUCUGGAUCGCCAUGCACCCACGCAAAGUUGCACCUGACGUCGGUAGUCCGGCAUGGGCUGACCACAUCGCCCUUCCCUCGAUACAUGCGGACGAGUCGGAGCGCGACCGCAACGCAUUCGAGAAGCUGUUGACAUCGCCAGCUGCAGUUGCAUUUCUAAGGGCGUUCGCCGUGUACCCCUACUACCGCUUCUCAGAGAGGCCUGGGCUAUGGAAGGUCGUUUGUGACAAUCUCAAUCGGGUGUAUGGAUUUAUGUGGGCGCACGCGGUGCUAGACGGACUUCAACGAAUGAACUUUUGCGCUCGCACGACGUCGUUCGUCUCAUUUGAAGACCGCGAAGAGACCAAUAAAGUCCUGCGCAACUUCCUGAAGGUCAAGAGUGCGGGAGGGCUCGCCGAUGACCCUGGGCGCGAGCAGGACAUCAAGGCGCGCUACAGGUCGUACAUGAUGGAGGCUCUAGAAGGCGGGGAGCACGUCAGUGCCAUCUGGGAGCACGGCCUCCUGGAAAAGAUCGACACCCUCUACCGGGGCUGUUUCCUCACUGAGAAGCCUCCUCCACCCAUUGGGACGCCAGCUUGGAACGCCUGCAUGCGCUCCUACAACCGGUCCCUUGUCUCGGUCUGCGACAACACAUGGACACUCUCGAGGCACGCUGGCUUGAGUGCGGCCGAGGUUCAGGCCAGCUCGUACGCGAUCAACAAGCUACGCUGGAUGCAGCGCAUAGCGCACGACGGCUUCGCUAUCAACCUCCCGCUCCCAACAGUCUCUUUUCUGCGUCAACAUGCCUACCUCUUUUCCGACAUCUCCGUCGCCGUUCGCUGGCUCGCGCGCCAGAGACGACGGCAGCUUGCAAGGUUGCUCGACCCUCGUGCCGAUGCGGUCGUUUACGACAACGACCGGCACUACCGCGAUUUCACCCACUAUCUGGUUGUGCUCUUACAGGGCUCAGGAAGGUUUCCGGAGAGCGAGGUCGACGCGAUUCCGUCCGAGUUGUGUAAUUUUGUCCUCUCAAACCUCGAUCUCUUCAAAGCCGUCAACGAGGUCGUGAGCACAUCUGACCUCACGCACGCCGAUGCCUUUCUCAGGCAGUCGGCGAGCACCCUUAUGCACUUUGGCCAACAAGCCAUCCGCCCAGGCCAUCCGGAGAUGAUCAGUCCCCUUCCAGACCUCUAUCCAGCAGGGUGCAGCCCGGAGCUGACCGAGACGAUCUCCACAACGGCAAUGGCACUCCUCGACGUGUUGCCACCUCUUUCAGGCCAGUCAGGCAGGGGCGACUUCGACCGCAUCAACCCGGAGCUCUAUGUGCGACACCCCGUGGCGUUUGAGCUAAUAUCUUCCGACGCGCUCGCGGCGCAUCCCUGCCUUCGUGCGCUGCGCCUGACAGACACCGCGUGGCACCACCAUGUGAAUCGUGCAACACCGUCGCAGACACGCGGCCUUGUUUUUCACCUUCACUCGCUGUUCAAGAUUCAAACAACCUGGGGACGCGCCAUAUGGUUGCAUCCCGCCCCGCGACAGCUCCGGGCUCGUUUCUUUGACUUCCUCACGACACUUUCACGUCCACCUCUCGCGGACCCGCAGGCAUACCGCUGGGAAAACUGGGAUGACGCAAUACUCCAUCUUCUCGCCGACGUCGACAUCCGCGACAUUUCCCAACCGCCGGACUCUGAUUCUCAGCCGCAGUCCGCGAUCGCCGCUCCUGAACAGCCCCUUCAGCCCCUCGGACCUGUGGACGAGCAGCCCCUGGAGCAUGCGCAGGCAGAGGUGUAUCGACGCGAGAUGGAGGGACUCGUCGUUCACGUCGGACACAUGACGUCCACGUUGGCCGCGCCGGGGGCUCCACAAGAGCUGGAUAGCCGUGUAGCAAACGCGCUCAACGCACUUCUUGAGGCGAUCGAUUUUAAUGCUAACCGCAUCGUGUACCGUGAGGCGCACCCGGAGUCCACCGGACGCCCCUGGGUUAUGCCCCGUCCCGCCCUCACUUCUGUGCCGCAAGCACACGUUCUGGCCAUUGAUGGUGUUGCGGACCGACGUGCGUAUCGUACAGUAGAGGAGUACGCUGCAAGAGACCCAGACUCCUUCGCGCUUUUUGAUCGCGCCGUCCGCGAGCGCACGUCCAGGAACGACCAAACUGGGCCCCAGAGCCACACAGUCCUCCGUGGUGGCCUAGCCUUUCCCUCCGCGCCUGAUUGGCUGCCCCAAGAUAGCCUGUUGCAUAGGCCGGAGGACGUUGCAACCUGUGCGGAACCGACAAUCAGCCUAAUUGCGCCAGACGUCGCGCCACCCGUCUGCGGGCAGAUAGCGGCGGGCGGUGCGCGGCUGUUGCCGUUAGAUAUUGCGGUCGUUUAUGCGCUCAAGAUCCAUCUCAAGCAUCAUGGGGCCGCCGCGCUUGGUCGCGCACACGGCCGAAAGGGGAGUGCCAAAUUGAUCGCUACCAUCCCGCCAGGCUUGCGCCGGCAGUCUGAGGUCGCCGUCUCUGCGCUGCCGUCGCGCCAGGCCCCCAAUCACGCAGACAUAGCCGGGCGAGGAGCUGCAUAUAGGUCAAUCCUCCACAUUCUCUCCAUCUGCUGCUUUUUUUCCCCUUGCACCAUGUCACAGACAGACUACGACUCCGACGACGCUGGCGAGUUCCACUCAGCCCACCGCUCACACGAUAGCAUCUACUUAGCCCCCACCAACGACUCUGAAGGCGGCCAGUUCAGCGGCCUCCGUCGUCGAGUCUUCUCCGACGAGGAGGAGGACGAGCCUGAUGACCGUUCCUCACACCCACCCCUCCCUCCUCCGCGGUGUAUUGCACGACGACCUCCUCUGCGGCUGCCCACAGAGCGAUCUCUCCAGUCCCGCCCCCCCAAUCAUCAGCUAGAAGAACCUGUUAGGAAUGCACUCGACUUUGACGUUGACUACGACGGCAGGGCAUACGACGACACAUUCGAAGCUGAUGGUGACAUCUACGGGCGCCCAACCCCCGCUGGUGCCAGACACCCCUCCCGGCUCUUUACGCCUGUGCACCUGCCCGAAGAGGAGUCUCGCAUUCUCAAUGAGCCCCUCUUCGUUCCCCGUGGCUUGGACGACCGUUCAUCCUCCUCCUCACGGGAUAACGACGCCCGGUUCUCCACUCCUGCGCCAAUGUCCCCUGUCAUCAACGCUCCCGGCUCUCCUGCGACCUUCGCCAUGCUCUUCGCUCCGAAUGCACCCCGCUCUCCGUCCAUAGAUGAGCCAAACAGGUGGUACGAGGAACACCGAUCCUCUGACCGCUGGUCCAACUUCAGUACGCGCGAGGUGGUUGACGAGCUGGAUGAUGGCAGAGACGGUGAUGAGGAGGCGUCGGACUCAGGACACAGCAACAACGGGGACGGAAACAGAAACGCGCUCGGGCUUACCGCUUUCUACGACCCAGAGGCCAACCUCAUCGACGCUCUCGACUACGAGCAGAGGGCGGUCCCACCGACCCUUGAAGUCGAGGAUGCGAUGUCGCAGGAAGAGCUCACGACCGGCAUCUCCAGGGUGCCCCUUUCUGCAGCUGAAAGCCGACGUCAGUACGACUCCCUGCCGGUCAAGACGGUAUACCUCUCGCAGCUCUACCACUGGCACAGCACGAACAACACGCGCGCAGCCAUCCGCCUCCUACAUUCCAAGAACCGGCUCAAGAUCGACCGCGCGUACAUCAUCCCGUCGGACGACCCUAACCUGGCGUGGGAGAGGCAGGAGGUUCGACUCGACUAUAAGCAGAUGGUCGCGGCGGAACCCGGAAUCGCCAUGAUUCUUCCGAACUUGGGUGUCCCUGGUGCUGCUCACGACCCGAACUGGAGAUUCACACUUCGCCCCGAUCGCCGCAAUUGGGACUUCCGAGGCGACCGUCUUCCUAUUGGAAUGCCUGUCGAGGGCAGGAUCGCGUACUUCGGUGUAACGAACGCUGGCGACCACGUCUGGUUGGUCAUGGCACCGAUGGAAGACAUCGGCUGUCCCGUUCCUCACGGUUUCAAGCCCUCUACCGAGUACGCGCGCAUGUCUCCGCGGGACAGUCGCAUCCUACUGGCCAUGAUCUCGUGGAUGCUCGCGAAGACCGGUUUCGGGGCCCACAUUAUCUCGCCGAAGUACCCAAAUGUCGAUGAUGCCGACCUCUUCAACGAUGCGACAAACAUUAUUACCAAGGGACCUCUCGAGAUGCGGCUCGAGCAGUACAAGAAGCUCUCUGACGCUAUUAGGGAGCAUUAUUCAUCGUGGCUUGAGCUCGCUCCACGCUCAUACCGCAACGGCAUCUUCAAAGCUUCUCGCGUUCUCGCAGUCACCAUCCAGUACGGCCAGAACACCCUGAUCGGCGCCAGCGACGACGAACGUCACUUCUGGAACAGGCAGACGGACUACUCGAAGGUCGCCCGGAUGUCCUUGGCCUACGCGUUUCAUUACACCGCAUUCCCGGUCGGACACUGGGAGGACAUUCCCCCUCAGACCAUUCUGAACACACAUCACGCCGUCUACUCCACUCCACAUGGUCACACAAGACUCACACUGGAAGACCUCAUUGCACUGCCCGUCGUGGACGCUGCCGGAAGGGAGAUCCCUAUUUACGACAAGCACGGUGUCCGCGCCCAUCGUCGUCUCGCGUUCGAGCCCCCCGAAGGCGUCAGUUACUGCGCCCUCUACCAAGACCUCACGCGAACACAGGAUCUCUUUCGCGGCACUCACCGCCCUGUUGACGACGACCCCGCGUUCGAGCUCCAUGGCGCUGAUGACUACCACGCCGGCGCGAGCGACGACGAGUUCAACCACGCCCACUUCUUUCCGUCCGCCGCUUCUCUCGACACCGACACCUCAUUCGACCGCUACCCCCAUUUCUUUAGCGGUACCUACGGGCAGUGGCAGGCGCGGGGAAUCAUGAAGCCCCUCCUCCCCCUUCUUCGCAAGCUAGAGCGGUCUCUCCGUGUCACCGGUGGCGGCCGACAGUGCCUGACGGCCGUCAAGUCGCAAUGUUACAACACCAUAUCUCACAAUAUGCGCGACGACGCUAAGACGCACAUCGCGCAGAACGGCAUCCUCACCGGCACGGUGGCUGGUGCGUGGGCGACGACGCCAAAGGCCAAGGACACAAGUCGCAAGUUGUUUCGCCGAUCUCGACACCAGCUCCCCCACGAACGUCUUGCUGAGCAGAUCACAUCAGCCGACUACACGUACCAGCGCCACGAAAUCGUCAUCAUGCACGACCUCCUUUCCAUGAAGCCUGAGCUUCGCUCCGGGGACCGCUUCUACCUCGACGUUGUGAAGCCCAUCAUCCGGUUGGGUGACCACGCCGACGUUGUGGAUCCGCUGCAGGAGCGUACUGUGGCCCUGAUUGCCAAUAUAUUUCCCGAAGUCUACAUUUGGGCCUGCUACAGCGUCACAGCCCUGAUGGAGGAGACAUGGCAGAGUCGCAUCGUCGACAUCCUCAAGAGCUCCCCAGCCUGUAACCCGCCGUUAGGGGCAGGCGUUGUCGCGGCUGGUCUGCCUCUUCAGCCAGAGCACCAGUACCUGGAGCUCAUAGGUCUCCUUGAACGCCUCAAGAACUUCUGCUUCUGCGGCGCCGCGUGCGUCUUUCCUCGUCAGCUCACGGACCUCACCUGGAUCGGCCUCGCGAUCAAGGAGACCGGUUUUCCGAUGCUCUGGCAAGCUCUCCAUCUCGUCGGCGCUCAGCAGUCCACGCCGGAGAUCGACCUGCGGGAUUGGCCAUGCGAUCCUAUGUCCAAGAUGCCACUUGUGUCGUCCAAGCGCUCCCAAGAGCUUACCUAUGGCGAGCACCAUUUUCAGGCGUACAUCACCCAGUUCUUCGUGAAGACCUCCAUCGCGUCCCUGCGCAUCACCGACCUCCAAGGUGUUGGGGUCGGCACGCAUGAGCUCCGUCUCCUAGCCGACAUCGCGAUCAAGGCGUACAUCGCGGACACGCGGGAUCUCAUCGAGCUGCAGUUCUACGCGUUCAACGACCCGUUUAUCGAAGCUGGAGACGCUUGGGCGAAGAUUCGUCGCACGGAGUUCAAGCAGUGGCAGGGCAACGCCGAUCGACCCCUCGCGUACGACGGAAUACGUGGCGCAAAUCUUCUCCACCUCACUCGCAUGCUAUCAGAGACCGAAGGCGACAUCCCCCGCGGCCUUCCGUUGUCCGCCAAUUCCAAAUCCUCCGCCGCCGACUUCGCCCGCUCUCUCUAUAACAUGGGCACCGCGAAGACACGACGCUCUGUGCGCGCACCUCUCUGGGGAAAGGGCACCUGCUAUCCCGUUCUUUCUACCGUCAUCUCUGAGGCGAAGAUACGUCUCGGUGCUCAGGUGAGCGACGGCAGAAAGGAAGAGCUCAUUCAGGCGGCCUUCGUCCACUCGAUAAACGCCCACGAGAUCCACUUCAUUCCAGACGCCCGUCCUGGCGUCAACGGCCAAAACCCGUCUCGUCAGCCGUCCAUCUUCUCGUGGAAAUAUCUCAGUGAACCCGCUCUUUUCGACGAUCCUGGACAGCGAGCCAUGCGCACACCUCGCGAGGACGCCGAGUUCGCACUCGCACAGGGCAGUCAAGCCCUAGUCGCCGCCGCCGUCAACGGGCCUUGGAAGCUCAGCCACGUCAAUGUCGAGUCAUACCACACUCUGUUCCAGCGCACACGCUUGCCUAUCGAUUGGGCACUUCCCGACAACGUCAUCUCCAACGCCAGCGACAUAGUCAUCGCCACAUACCAGUGGGCGGAGCAGCGCUUCAAGACGUCCAUCAGCGACUGGCAAUGUCAACUCGCGCUCGUCCUCGCCUAUCUCAUGUCAAAGAAGAUUCCCGAUGUCUUCAUCCCCACCUCCAAUACCCUGCCUAUCAUGAGCUCCGUUCGCAGUGCGCUGGACUCUGCGAAGAUCAAGGACUACGCCGCCGUCAUCGAGCUCGUUCGGACGCUCCCAUGGGUCGCUCGAAAGGAUGUCAAGGGGUUGCACAAUCAAGGCCAGUACUACACAGUGUGCUCGAUCUAUCUUCUCGCCUGGAUCGACCGCAACUCGCCCUUGUACCCAUACCUGGAGGACAACGACGGCAAGCUCGGGGAUGGCUGGACGAAGAAGCAUACUCACAAGGGACUGCAGCCGGUCAACCUGGUGCGCCUCGGCAUCGCAUCCGGGAAGGGUCGUUCUAUCCUUCAUGCGCCCAAGUACGGGAAGGCAUUCGAAAUCCUGCCCGAUGAGAGCCUUAGGGCAUGGCUCAAGCACAUCAAGCACCGGAUGUUGACGCAGGACGGCACGUACAACCUCGUCGUGGAGAUCUUCGGCCUGCAUGGAGCUCAGCAGCUCAUCGACAAGGGUGAUCUCCUCGCGUCUGCGGGAAGGUCUGCCUCUGGCUCUCGUUCCUCCUCCUCCAUGUCCCUCCCACACACGGUCGCUAACAAGCGUCGCCGUCACCAUGCGGACGACGACGAUGAUGAUGAGAACGACCGUCCCCCCCGACGCAAUCGCACACGUUAA